AUGGGGCGCAGCCCCCGCCACCCUCAGCGGACACCAAGCUUUGCAGAGCCAGGGCAAGGGAAGCUGGCCCGCAGGGUGCUCGGCCACCCGGGGGUCAUGGAGGUCGCGCGGGCAGCACCCUGCUGGGCCCUGGCAGGAAGCUAUGAGGACCCUGAGAGUAGCCAGUACAGCUCCUUUCUUUUCCGGAGAAUGCUCAUUCCACAACUGGACCUGUCUGAGCUGGAAGACCUGGGUCUGUCUGAUACACCCACUCACAAGAGCAAGGACAGCAGCACUGGCAAAAUGACUGGGAAAGUGAUUGGAGCAGAGCAGGAGAAAAACCCUGAAGGUGACAUCCUUCUUGAGUACAGCAACUUCAACUUCUGGAGAGCUCCCAUUGCCAGCGUCCACUCCUUUGAACUGGACUUGCUCUAAGGCCGAGACUUCUCCCACCACCUUGUCCUCAUUGUCUUU